UGGAAUUUCCCAUCUCUCAUUUUGCCACUCUGCCCUUUUCCUUAUUAUCAAGACAAAGAAAAGAAUACUUUUUUUUCUAUUAUUAUUUAUCAAUUUAUUAUAACAUAAUUAAUUUCAAGAAUUUAUUCUCUCUCUCUCUCUCUCUAGCCGUCGGACUAACUCCACUAGAAAAUUAACUGCCCUUGGAUUAUGGUGGCGUGUGAUUCGUAGUUGGAGUACAUGUGCUCCUAUCUUUUCUUUUCCUUUGUUUUCCAUUUCUUUUUAUCCUGUCAAAUUCCUAAAUUCAUCUCUUGCUCUAAUUAAUUACUAUAUUAUAGGAUAAGUGUUUGUAAAAUCAUAAUAUAUUUUACACAAUUUAAAUAAUUCAAGUGAUCUUUUAUCUCAGUUUACAUGCAUGAAUUAAUUUCUCCUUGCUAAUAUAUAGUAGUAUAAGAGAGAUAAAAGCAAUGAUAUAAUGUUGAGAAGGAUUAUUUAAUUUGAUUUAAAAGCUGUGUUGUUUAAUUGUAGUUAGUGGCUUGUUGAUCGCCAUCAUUAGCAACAAAGGUAACCGACCCUUGAUUUCAUAUUUGAUAUUUUCUUCAACUUUCAACUACCCUAUAGCUACUUCUACUUCUAGUAAGAGCAACAAAGAGAGAGAGGUUGCUUAGUUGCUGAGUAGCUCACUUUCUUUAUUACUACAUACUUUCCUUGUUCAUCAGAGUUUGAUUCUGUGUUGGAAGUAUGGAUGAAAAAUCAAAACACAAGUGCAAAUUCUGCAGCAAAAUGUUCCCCUGCGGCAGAUCUCUGGGCGGCCACAUGAGGUCUCAUUUGAUCAACAUUGAGAAGAAGGAAGAGAGGUCGAGCGAGGAAGCUGCAUUGUGCACCAAGAAGCGAUCUAAAAGGUACAUGAAUUUGUGCCCUCGGCUGAGCGAGCAGGAGGAGGUGGCCUUGAGCUUGAUUCUGCUGUCCAUGGAUAAUUCCAACAACACCAGUUUUGAUGAGUCCAACAGCAACAGCAAGAGCAGAGAUCCCAGGAAGAGGUCCAAGAUUAAUGAUCAGUCUGAGGUUAACUCUCCCAAGAUCCCACCAUCAGAUGAUAACAAAAACUGCAAGUUUAGGUGCAUGAUUUGCAACAAGGCCUUCCCCUCUUACCAAGCCUUGGGUGGCCACAGAGCAAGCCACAAGAAAUUCAAAGGCUGCUGUGCUCCAACAACUCCUCCCUCACCAAACCCACCUCUAAAUCUUCAAGAAUGCAAGAAAGCCAAACACCAUGAAUGCCCCAUUUGCUUCAAGAUCUUCCCAUCAGGCCAAGCUUUGGGUGGUCACAAGAGAUCACAUUUGAUCACUGAUCAUCACACCACAGACGAGAGGGAGAGACGAAUCCCACAAGUCCGCGGCUUUCUUGAUCUCAACUUGCCUGCUCCGCUCGAGGAAGACUGCAAUGAUCAGUUGAAGCCCUGGUGGAUUGCCGCCACACACGAGCCGCUGCUCGGCCGAUCAUGAUCAUCAUCAUCACUUACAUUUUUUUUCUUUUUCUUUUAGGGGCUUAUUGAGAGAGAUGAAAUGUAUAGAUUCAUUCAUUUUUGUCUUUCUGCUCAAGAUUCAAGACUUGUUCAUCACCAAAACAUUACUACUAUUGCCUAUUGUUUAAUUAAGCACAAGCGGAUUUGCAUUUUCUUGCA